AUGCUCCCAUCUCACGGCGACUUUACAGUCGGCUGGGUCACUGGAAUUCGGAAGGAGUACACCGCCGCUCGUCAGGUCUUGGACGAGGAAUUCGAAUCAACUAACUUCGUGCUACCGAGAGGGGAUCGAAAUACCUAUACCUACGGCCGCGUCGCCAAACAUUAUGUUCUCAUUACCUGUCUUCAGAAUGCGCAGUACGGAAUCGAGUCGGCAUCUGAUGCGGCGCAUGAUAUGAGGAGUAGUUUCCCCAUGAUCCGCGUACUAUUGAUAGUGGGGAUUGCUGGAGGGAUACCGUCACCCCGCCACGAUAUCCGCCUUGGCGAUGUUGUGGUAGGCACUGAGAUCGUUCAAUACGAGAUUGGAGAUGCGACCGAGGAGCUCAAACAUACCAGCCAUAUCGAGCCACCAGGGCGAGCGCUUUUCACGGGUACACAAGGGUUAGCGGUUCAACUUGAUGAAGGGUUAGAUCUUCACGAGCUUCUAGAGAAGGCCUUCGUUAAAACACAGAAAAUAAGAGAUGACUAUCAGCGGCCCCGAAAUCAUCUUGAUCGGUUACUAAAGGCGGAUUAUGAACAUGCCUCGUCUUGUGAAUGCCUCUCCUCUAGCGCGAUUGACGAAAAUACGAUAAUCGCUCGAACCGAUCGCCCUGAAUACGACCGAAUCACGGUGCACACUGGUAGAAUUGGAUCAACGAAUAUCAGUUUGAAUGAUGCUGGAAAACGAGACAGGGUUGGCAAGGAACUGGGCAUCCUAUGCUCCAAACAAGAACUGCCCAGUUCAGCGAACAAGUUCGCUUGUUUGCAUAUUCGAGGGAUUUGCGAUUAUUCCGAUUCACACAAAAGAGAAGCUUGGAAUGGAUUCGCCGCCGCUGCCGCUUCUGUCUACGCAAAGAAAUUGUUGCAAAAAAUUGCUGCCGAAGAAGUAUGGCGGAUGAAUAUCUCGAUUGACACGAAAAACCUUCAACAAUUUACCGAACACCUUGUCUACGAAGUGAAUCAAGCUACGAACAUUUCAGCUCGACUCGCAGAGCUAAAGACCAAGCUAACGACCACAGACCGUGCGUUACGGGGUGUGAAGACUGGGGUUGAGCUUUUGGUGCAAUUAGCGCAAGAGGCAAUGAGUGGAGGUCAGAGGCAGUCGAAUGAUGUUCCGUUGAUGAGAAAUCAUUGGGAGGCAAUUGCAGCCAGCCAAGCGGAUCUGAAACGAGCGCUAUAUAACCUCAGUUUCCACAUCAAGACCGUUCAAAAAACGGCUGUAUCGAAAGAGUCUCGAUUGGAAUGUGAUAGAUUGAAUAUCCGACUUCAAAUGAGCUCCGCAGCUCUUCAAGACUUGAACACCCCGAUACAGCCGAUGUUAUACAGUGUAGCCACGAAUGGUCACGAUCAUGACGAUACCACAGGCAGUGAUGUGAUAUCUAUCACUGCUUCGGAAAGCACUAGGAAGGCCAGCAAUCUCUCGAACAUUGGGGGGGAAAUUCAGCGACUUGAGCACCAAGGCAUUUACAAAACCCGAACGACACAGCUCAAAGCAAUCAAUCAGCGAUUCGAAUUACUCAAAGGAAAGAAACGAUCUUCUCCUGUCUCCCGACUUGCUAGGUCAUAA